AUGGCUUCGGGCGGACGGACACGCAAGUUCCGCCCGCAUUGGGCGCUGCUGUACGCGCUGGCGGUGGCCGAGCGGGACCCCGAAUCGGGCCAGCCGACUAAAGCCGUGUGUCUUAUGUGUCGUGUCUUCACGCGCGACGAGACGGAGGGCGCCAGGCGCCGCAAGCCCCGGACCAAGGUGCAGUGCUUCUCGCCGCCCUGGAGACCCGACAACAUGCGGCGCCACCUGGAGCAGCAGCACGCGCUGCGCUGGGCGGAGUACAAGGAGCUCAGCGACGAGGACAAGCGCGCCUACUUCCCGCCCAAUGUAGCCAUCUCCACGCGGCCGCGC